AUGAGCUGGUUCCAGAAGCAAUUCACUCUCCCCGCCAAGUCGCGGGGAUCAUACCUCAUUACUGACCAGGUUGUGUCUUCAUUGCCUGAAAUCAGAGACUACAAAGUCGGUCUUCUGAACCUUUUCGUCCAACAUACUAGCUGUGCUCUAAGCCUGAAUGAGAACUGGGACUCUGAUGUUCGGGAAGACAUGAGCGAUGCUCUUGACAGAAUCGCCCCUGCUGAAGGGCCCAAGGGAGAGGCCCUCUACCGACAUGAUGCCGAAGGACCAGAUGAUAUGCCCGCUCAUAUCAAGUCUGCACUUAUUGGAGCAAGUGUCACAAUCCCUAUCAAGGAUGGGAAGCUGGCUACGGGAACAUGGCAGGGAAUCUGGUAUCUUGAAUUCCGUGCCGCUCGACAUCAGCGACGAGUUGUUGCAACUAUCCAGGGAGAGAAGGCUUAG